AUGGCCCAAGCACCCACAUUAUUGCAGUUCAGCGGGCAAAAAUACCUGAGGCAUCGCCUGGUAAUUUCCAUCCUUAGCGGAAAGCCUGUGCGCAUCGACAAAAUCCGCUCCGACGACAAAAAUCCUGGUCUUCGAGACUAUGAAGUAAGUUUCCUGCGGCUUCUGGAGCGGGCUACAAACGGCACCGUCAUUGAAAUCUCGGUGACCGGUACCGCCAUUCUGCUCAAGCCUGGCAUCAUUGCAGGCGGAGCCAUCAAUCAUGACUGUCCCCUAUCGCGCUCUGUGGGCUACUUCUUGGAGCCCAUCAUCAUGCUUGCUCCUUUCUCCAAGAAACCUUUCAACGUCACGUUACGCGGGGUUACAACAGACGAGAAUGAUCUUUCGGUGGACAUUAUCCGUACUGUUACCCUCCCGCACCUGCAACUGUUCGGUAUCUCCGAUGGUCUGGAGCUUCGGAUAAAAAAGCGAGGAAGUCCUCCACAUGGUGGUGGGGAGGCCCAGUUUCUGUGUCCGGUAGUGAAGCAGGUGAAAACGCUGAACUUCUUGGAUCCCGGAAAGAUCAAGCGGAUACGAGGGAUUUCUCACGCUGUCCGCGUUAAUCCACAAUUCUCGAAUCGUAUGAUUGAAGCUGCGCGCUCGGUUCUCAAUCGCUACAUCCCGGACAUAUAUUUGUACUCUGAUGUCUACAAAGGCGAGGACAGCGGAAAGUCUCCGGGAUACGCUCUCAGUUUAAUGGCUGAGUCGACAACUGGCGCGAUGCACUGUGCUGAAGCCGUUUCAAAGCCCGGAGUACCACCAGAAGAUAUAGCACUGCUGGCCUCACGGUCCCUUCUCUCAGAGGUCCGGAGAGGUGGCUGCGUGGACCGGCAACAUCAAGUGCUCGUCCUGCUCAUGAUGGUUCUCGGUAGUGAGGAUGUUGGUCGUUGUAGAAUGGGAGAACCAACUACACGAACAAUCCAAUUUUUACGUGAUGUCAAAGAGUGCUUUGGGACUGCCUUCAAAAUCACCCCCGCAGAUCCGACGGAUUCUGAAUCAUUAGAACUGCAUUAUUCAUGCUAUGGCAUCGGAUACGUGAACGCAAACAGGACAAUAGCAUAG